CAGCCGUGCGCUUCAGUCCCACUAUGGCGUCUCAUCAAAUCAGGAUGGGCUUUUUCUACCGCCUUCUGUACUGGAAUUUAUCUGUCGCCGAUUGGUAUCUUACAUCUGGAUUUCUGUGCUGAAAGACGUCAGAUGUAGGCGAAAUGAAGGACGAGAAAAGCACAGCGCGGUCGCUCCUGAGCGCCGACACGGAGCGGAGAAAUGCAGCCGAUGUGGAGGAUGGCCAGGCGGGCAGCGGAGCGCCGCUGAUCCCGGUGCUGCAUGAAGCACCGACAGCCCGAGCGGGAACGGGAAUACGCGUUUUAAAGCGAAACAUGAAGAGGAAUGGCAGUCGAGGCUGUGUGACGAGGAAGACACGCUUCGGCUCUCGCGAGCGGGACUGGCUGAAGGGCGACGCUCAGCGAGGCUGUGUGUGUCUCUACGGGGCCUCGGAGCCUCAGCCUCCAGCCUCGGGGCCCCAGACCUCCAGCAGCGCCCAGCCGGACCUGAAGCUGGUGCUCUGCUCCACCAACACCACCGCCGAGGAGCUGUGCGCUCAGAGAGACGUGCAGGGCCUCUACUUGCAGCUGCACGGAGACUUAAUCAGGAGGCUGGACCCCUCCGAGCAUCCUCUUCAGAUGGUCUAUGAUUACCUGACUGCUAUGGGCUAUGAAGACCCGCUCCGUGUCCAGCAGGAAGCCGCCAACUCAGACCUCAGCUGCAUGAUCCGCUUCUACAGUGAGAAACCGGUGAACGCAGACCAGCAGGAGCGGACUCUUCUGAAGGGUGUGUUCAGCGUCAGGAAGGGAAAGACGCAGCUCCAUAAAUGGGCCGAGCGGCAGGUCAUCCUGUGCGGGACGAGUCUCAUCGUUGCCUCUGUCAAGGACAGCCUGACCGGCAAGAUGCACAUCCUACCCCUGGUCGGGGGGAAGGUGGAGGAGGUGAAGCGGAGGCAGCACUGUCUGAUGUUCAGCUCCGCCGGACCGCAGGCUCAGACCUACUACGUUAACUUUGACACGCUGGCCGACUACCAGCGCUGGCAUCGGCAGGCUUCUAAAGUGGUGUCUCAGACUAUCAGUCUGGUGGAUUUGUCCUGCUACAGUCUGGAGGAAGUGCCCGAGUAUCUCUUCUACUGCCAGGACAUCACACACCUCAACCUGCGCCACAACUUCAUGAGUCUGGACGGCCCUGGAGGACUCAUCAACUUCAGCAGAUUUGCCCAGCUGAGGAGCUUAAAUCUUUCUCACAAUGGGCUGGGCGUCUUCCCGGAGUCGCUGUGUGAGAUCCAGACCCUGACGGAGCUCUAUCUGUCCUGCAACGGCCUCAGUGCCGUCCCGGCCCGCCUCGAAAACCUCCAGAGCUUACAGACGCUGUGUUUGGAUGGAAAUCGCUUGGAUUCUCUUCCGGAGGAGCUGGGCAGCCUCACACAGCUCUGCAGCUUGGGACUGUCCUUCAAUGACUUCCCUCACGUCCCCGGCGUGGUGGAGCGCCUCUGUGCCCUGGACAAGCUGGCGAUGGCGGGGAACAGGGUGGAGACUCUGGAUCUGUGCAGCCUGCUACGAAUGACUCACAUUAAGAGUAUUGAUUUACGGUUAAAUGGCCUCCGCUGUGUUAAAAGCGACACUCUGGAGCCAGUAAAACAUCUCACGCAGCUGGACCUGAGAGACAACCGGCUGACGUCUCUGGACCUGAGCUCGGCCUGCAGUCUGGAGACCCUGCAGUGUCAGAGGAACCAGCUGGGAGCCCUGACGCUCAGCGGCUUCAUUCUGCGCACACUCCACGCCAGUGACAACCGUCUGACCACAGUGAACAUCUACCCUGUUCCCAACCAACUCACACACAUGGACCUAUCAAGGAAUCUCCUGGAAUACCUGCCAGACUGGGUGUGUGACAGCAGGAAGAUUGAGGUGCUGGACGUCUCCCAUAAUCUGCUGUCUGAGCUCCCGGCCAGACUUCUCAGCAGUCUGAGUCUGCGUAAACUGCUGGCUGGUAACAACAGGCUGGAGAGACUGGCUGACCUGCUCGACCACAUCCCGCUGGAAACACUCGACCUGCAGCACAACAAGUUGCGUGAACUGCCAGAGAGCUUCUUCUACAAAGCCUUAAAUUUAAAGUAUUUGAAUGUGUCUGCCAAUGCGCUGGAGACGAUCCCACCGAGCAGCCAAUCGGAGGAGAGCCUCAGCACCCUGCAGGAGCUCUAUCUCACAGGAAACAACCUAAAUGAGAACUGCGCUGCUCUACUGGUGGGGCAUCAGAACCUGCGGGUCUUGCAUAUGGCUUAUAACCAACUGCAGUCCUUCCCUGCUAGCAAGCUCAGUAAACUGGAGGUCCUGGAGGAACUGAAUCUGAGUGGGAACAAGCUGAAAACGAUCCCCUCCACCGUGUCCAGCUGUAAGAGACUGCACACGCUCAUCACCCACUCCAACCAUAUCAGCGUGUUCCCAGAGGUCCUCAGCCUGCCUGAGAUCAAGCUAGUAGAUGUGAGCUGCAAUGAGCAGACAGAAAUCCUGUUGCCGGACUCUCUGCCUUCAACACUGCAAGAGCUGGAUCUGACAGGCAACAGCAGCCUCAUGUUAGAGCACAAAACGCUCAACCUCUUCAGUCACAUCAGUACUUUGAAGCUGGACCAGAAGCCAGCCGUGACCGCUGGAGAUGCACAGGGCACAUCCACCCUGUGGGAUCAUGGUUACGCUGAGAUGUGUGGGCAGAGAAACAAGUUGUGUGUGUCUGUGCUGGCCGUGGAUCGCUUCGGGGACAGUCCGGAGGCUGCUUAUGGGAUUUUUGAUGGCGAUCGUAAUGAGGAAGUUUCCAGGUUACUGCAGUGCACCAUGGGAGAUGUAUUGGCAGAGGAGAUACAGCACUCCAGUGUGGACAGUGUAUACAUGUGCAACACUUUCCUUACCUCUCAUAGGAAACUUGGCAUGGCAGGCCAGAAGCUCGGGGCCUCAGCUCUGCUCUGUUACAUCCAUCACGAGUCCUCCGAGCCUGGCCGCUACUUCAGCCUCACUGUGGCCAACGUAGGCACCUGCCAGGCUGUACUGUGCCGUGAUGGGCAACCUCUUGCCCUCUCAAAAGUUUUCAGCCUAGAACAAAGCGCUGAGGAGAUGGAGCGUGUCAAACUGGCAAAAGCUAUUAUCACCGAGGAUAACAAGGUGAGUGGAGUGACAUGCUGCUCACGGUUACUUGGCUGUUCCUACCUGUUUCCUUGGGUGCUUCCCAAACCCUGGGUGCACACAGAGCCUCUGUGUUCCCAGGAUGAGUUCCUGAUCCUAGGAAACAAAGCACUCUUCCAGAAGGUUUCCUACCAGGAGGCAGUGAGCACUGUGCUGGCUGUCAGAGACCCCCGUGCUGCUGCCAAAAAGCUCUGCACGCUGGCACAGAGCUAUGGGUGCCGGGAUAACGUGGGAGCAGUGGUGGUCGCUUUGCAUAUCGGAGAAGACAGCUGUACAUGUGAGCCUCCUCUCUCGAACACAGAAGCCCGAGGGCCACCUUUACCGAUCUCUGUGUCCCCUGGUGACCCAGCCACGCCGUCAUCUAGCAGUGGCAUUGCCUCGGAGUUCAACAGCGAGAUGUCCGCUUCGGAAGUGGGCAGCGAGGCUGGGUCCACAGCUUCGGACGAGCACCCCUCUUCGGGACCAACAGCUCGUCCGGAGCGCCGCUGUAGUUUGCAUCCCACUGCUACCUUGUGCAACACAGGGCCAGUGGCGAGCUUGGGGCCAGGGGCGCACCCGGCUCUAUUCCAGCGGCAGCCUUCCAGCGCAACCUUUUCAAGCAACCAGUCGGACAAUGGACUGGACAGCGAUGACGAGGCUCCUUUAGAAGGCGUCAUCUCAAACGGGAGCAAGCUUGAGGUGGAAGUGGACAUCCACUGCUGCGCUUUUCAGCUGCGCUCCGGACCACCGGAAAGUCCCAAGGACCUGGACGGCCGGCAUGAUUUGAGGGGCUCGGAUUAUCCCAACAGCAAAAUGCGGCGGCAAAACAGCGUGGUGGUUUCUGCCACCAACGGCUGCCUGCUGGCCGUGUGCGGCCGAGAGAUCUCAGAUCUGAAGAAGUCUCCUUCAACCUCUAGUCUCUUCGGGAAGAAGCUGUCUAACGGCUCCGUAGUGGCUCUCGAGGACAGCCACAAUAUUAUUGAGGUAGCACUGGAGGCCCCAAAAAAGAAGUCGGGAUAUUUUGCCGCACCAGCCCAGCAAGACCCGGAAGACCAGUUAAUUAUACCGCCCAGUCUGGAGCAAGAUGUGCGGGAGCAGCUGAGAGGCCAGAGCCCUGUGGUUCCCGGGCCGCCGCCGGCUCCUUCAACGCCUCCCUCAGCGAGAGACCCCAGCUGGGACCAUCUUCAGCCCACCGUCCCCGGCCUCCACCCCACCACCAUCCUGCAACAGGACGUCUACGACACAGCUCUAUAGUUGGUGCAAGAGGACCGCACCAUUGGAGCAUCUCCGCAUCGUAGUGCCACAUCAAAGAGGCUAGCACGCUCGAGAUAAUCCAGUUCUUAUUUAGCGCCGUCAUCACGUGUGGGUCCAUGCAUGUGCAUUCUUGGGCUGAUCCGAGUCAAGAAGGGAAGGGUGGAAAUGGGUGGAAAUGUCAGAGCCGAUGAAAUCUUGAAGAAUGUGGGCUAUUCCUGACCAAAAACCACAGCAUGGAGCUGGAGUACCUCAUACAUCACCAUGCGCGAGUUCAUUUCGACAUUCGCCCUUUAUAUCAAAGGUCACAGGCUUACGUAGGCUUCAAUGAUCACAUUUGCCUUCUGGAGGAUAGAUGCUAUCAAGCUAAACUGAGACCAAAAGAUGAGAAAAGUGCCUCUUGAAGAUGGUUGAGGUUCCGAGAGCCUUUACUGUUCCGGUGUAAGUGCAGUGUUGUUCUCCUACCUUCCCAUAGUGGCGACUAGUUGGUAAUCUGCACUUUUGAAGUCUGUGAGGAAUAUUUCAGACGGAUCUCUUCCCCAUCUGACCUGCUGGAAACAUCCCGCUCCAUUUCAUGGAAAGGAGUGGUGGUUGUUGUGGAAAGAUGUGUUGUUGAAAAAUACCAGAGCGUUCUCCGCCGCUCCUGAUCUCCUCUCUUGUAUGCAUACGGGAUCUCCCAGACAAAGCCACGGGGGUCUCUGGGACCCUCUGCACAAUUGAAGAGUACAAUGAACCCAACGUAACAUUCAAACCCUGGAGAGGGAAUCGGUCUAGUGAUGGAGGUCAGAGUGAGAUGGAGACAGAAACUACAUCCAGUGCUCAGUGGAAGCAUCGCCACACCUUUAAGGUCAUUUGGGGAGCAGAAAGACCUCACAACCUUGUCUGAAAUCAUAACUUGAGCUGUCUCGGGUUGUUUAGAGUACUUGAAGUUUCGAGUGUGCCAUGACUACAUGACAGAGCUCGUGCUAUACAGCCUUGGGCCGUGAAUGCGUCAUCGGGUCUUUGUAGUAGUGUGGUUUUGCUGUUGAUCUGAGCGAGGUUGGGAUAUUUUCUCAUCUCAUAAUCAAGGAAAAAAAUGAUCAGCUGACAUUUAGGUUUUUUUGUAUGAGAGGUACUGGGUAAUAUAAUAUCAUGUGUUGUGCAGUGUGUGUGUGUGUGUGUGUGGGUAUGUGUGCUCUAUUUUAGCCAUGCAUGGUACGUAUAAGGAAACAGGCUGGUUUGAGUUUGUUUUUUUAUUUGAAUCAGGAGACCUGAGGAAAGAGACUAUAUUGGGUCAUUUGAGUUUGUCAUUGCCACAAUCACAGUAUCAGGGAAUUCUGAGCAGUACAACACUGUGCUCAUGGUUUGAGGAGACAUCUAGUGGUGUUUAUUGGAAACAACAAUGUUGUUUUUUCAGGGUUUUCCCUGGAAUGAAGUUCCUUUUACACAACUCAUUAUUACAUUUAAAAACUUUUUUUUUUAAAUAAUAAUAAAUAAAGAAUUAGAGAAUUAAAAUUAGGGACAAUCAAGUGCAAAGCCCAUUGUUAAUUGUUAGAAAGCCCUUUUUUUUCUUUUGCCUAUUGUAGGGCAUUGGGUUGUAUUAAAUUAUAUUUAUUAGGUGCACUCUCAUAAUUCAUUAGAUUCAAUUCAUUCAUAGUCUUUAGAAAGGAAGCAACAGUUCACAUUGACACUGAUGCACUUCAAAUAUAGAAAUUGAAUCUCAUAGACGUCUCAGCAUUGGCAUGUUUAAAAAUUUGUAGAUCAUCAACUUGAAACUGAGCUUAAGUCUGUUGCAUGCUCAGAUAUUAUGUUCAAGACAUUUGACCUCAAGAUUAAAGAGAUUAAUUUUGUGAAUUAUAACCUUUAUAAGUGGACAUUUUGAGUGUAUUUUUUUUUUCUUUAAAAAAAAAAAAGAUAUUCUCCAUGGUCAGAUGGCAAUGUUCGUAGUGCCAAACUUGCAUACAGAUUUGUGUUUGCUAUAUGUAGGAGAAAAAGCUGCCAUGCAACUAAUCUGGAUCCCCGUAUUUAACAUCCAGGAAGGUUUUGAAUUGAACUUUUACUGCCAUUAACUUCAAGCAUUAGAGAGAUGUUUGUGUUAAUUAUAAUUGCCUACAGACCUGAAACUGUAGCUCUUGUGCCAAAAGAUACGUAGCAAUGCUACUUGAAGGGAAGGUAUGUUAUUUUGAGUAUUUCGUUCGUCCCUCGGGUGCUACUGAGAGCUGUAGCCAGUGGCAUGGACGCAGCAGCCCUGCAUGACUCAUUGUUUUUUUUUUUUUUCUAUCAUGGCCUUAAAGCAGGUUUUCCACAGUCUUUAGUGUUUAUAGUCCAGUUCUCUUUUUUGCACUCAAAAAUGUGAAGUACAAUUUUCUAGAAAUUGAUCUCUAGAUUCCCUAAACCAUUUAGAGCUGUAUGCUUAAGUGCAUCAAGUAUUGUUGUACAAUCUUAUAAAGUAAAAGGGUUUUACACUGUAUAAGCACUUUGUUCAUAGCUCAGAGAAUCUAUAUACAUAGACAUAUUUAAGAAUUGCAUUUUAGCUAUUGUUGAAAUGCAUAGAAAAUCAUCAUUAGGCUUUGUUCUUUUAGGUAUUUUUUUUCUUUUAUAACCCCUGAAAAAUGUAAUUUCUUGUAAAUGUUUGGUUGAAAGGAGAGAUGUGGUUAUUGAGGCACAACAUGCUGAUUCUUACUGUGCUAAGAGGCAGAAUACAAGCAUUUGACGGCUUGCUUUGUUUGCAAGAUGUAGUCUAAGUGUUAUUAGCUAUAGAAGCGUUUCAUCCCUCGCAGUGCUUUAACAUUAUAAGGAAACGGAAAUGGAAAGUAAUAUUUUGAACCGACAUCACUGAUACAGCCACUUUAUUACCACUUCGAGAGCACCUUCAAUAGACCUAUACAACAUGAUGCAUAUCUGCAUCGUACUUAAAAAUGAUAUAUGCAACAAUCAUACGGUGUCUAAUUAGAUCAAUAUUAAUCUGAAAAUUGAAGAACAGGACUGGGGAAAAUCCAUACAUUUGUGUAUGUCUGUGGAUGUCAAGUGCAGUGCUCUGUUGUGAAAAUAGUGCGUUUCUUCAGCCUAGGCAACUAUACAAGUUGCUUUGCCACGUAGACAAAUGUUGUAUUUUAUAUCCCUUUAACAUUUGUGCUCUGUGCUCUCCUGGCCAAAACAUGUUGAGGUGAAACUCACGUUUCUGAAAAUGUAGGCAAAAUGCAAUUUUCCUUGUUGUAUUAUUCAAAUAGCCAUUAAGUUUACAUUCAUUUGUUAAUGGCACGGCGGAGGUGAUUCUUAAAGGAACAGCAGACCCCAAAAUCAACAUUGUUAUUAUUUAUGUAAUUCUAUGUUUUUCCAAACUUGCCUUCUGCGAACACAAAAGAACCAAACUGUUUUGGUUACCAACUUUUCUCAAAAUAUCUUCUAUGUUCCACACAAGAAAGUGAAGUCAUAGAGGUUUGGAAUCACAUGAGAGUAAAUAAAUAACAGAAAUAAAAUGUUUGGGUGAACUAUCCCUUUAAUUAUAUGCUUAAUUGGAAGAACACAAAGCACAGUUAUACAAAUAUUCCCGCUCACAUAAAAUAUUAGACUUUUCUUAUAUUUUAGUUUAACAUUUAUAGGGCAUUUUGGGGGGUCUAAUAUUCUAUCAUGGAGCAUGAAGUAUUUUGGGUACCAGCUUACUUAAAGCCUGUAUGCAUAAUGCAUUAUAACUUUUCAUAAAUAAUUGUAACCAGAGUUUAAAAGCAUUACAAUUUUUAAAAGUUUGUUUUUCCUUUGUUUUAAAGCAUUAUGUGCAACAAUGAAUAGAUAAAUAUUAUAAUUUAUUAUAACUGUGGUUAUAAUUAUUCUUAGGCUCAUAGAGUGCAUUACAAGGCAUUUAUAAUGCAUAUAUAUAUAUAUAUAAGCUUUAAGUAUUACCGUACUUUUUUUUUUUUUUAUUAUUAUUUUUUUUUUUUAUGUGAUUAAGUUGAUUUUGUUUGCCAUUAGUGGUGUCUUAGUUUGGGCAUUGCACUAUAAAAUGUUCUCGUUAAAGUUUGAAGUGUUUCAAAAUGAACACCAGUUAUUAAAAACAGGUAAAAGUUAGCUUCCUUUUUACAAGUUCUGCGCAUUACUGAAUUCUCUGCAACUUUCUCUGAUUUUUAUAACUGGCUUUGCAACUUUUGUGUGAACAUUUAUGCAGAACUAAAGGAAAGUUUUACAAUGCUGCAUAGUGAUUUCGAUUUCCCUUUAAGAAGAUAAAGACAUGAUUUCACACAAUGACGAGCAAUUUGAGAAGUUAAAGGUGAUGUGUGCCAUUCAUAUGUUCAUUCCUGAAAAAAAGUGUAAACAUUCUGGAUUCAUCAAAACAUCUGUGUGUUUUUGUUCAACAUGGCAGCCAGUGUCAACCAAUGGUGUAAGCUUAGGGGCGGGGCUAACUGUUUCUCUGACCAAUGACAGAUGAGGGAAGUGUUCAAGAACUUCCAUUUAGUAGAAAAUGACACACAUCACCUUUAAAUACUCGUUACUUUUCUGCUUUCCCAAGUUCUGACUCCACCACCCACGUUUUAUCCAGUGAGGUUAUCAGAAACGUGCUUCAUCCUUUUUUUAAAUUUGACCGAACAAGAAAGCAUUUGUCUUAAGUCUCUUUGUAAAUCUGCGCAGUGUGAGAGUUGCUGUUAGCGCAUGAAGCGUGUGAUUGUGGUUUUACCCUGAGAGAGAUGAAAGCUGCUUUUGAAUGCAAAAACGCAUCUUUAUCUGGCGUAUUCAUUGACAUUUUUGCACAUAAUCACAGUUCGUUCUGGACAGAUGUGGAUUGAGAUGAAGUUCCUGUUGUUGACAUGUGACCAAAGUUUGAUCUUGUCAUCAUUUAUGUACAUUUUGUUUUUAAGAGAUGCUUUAAUAUUUCCCCUCAAUGCCAAGAAGCUGAGGUUUAUUUUUGUACUUCAUAGUUUCAUGCAAAUUUAUAGGUCCUCCAGUGCAGAAUCUAGGAUUUAAGGGUUCUAUGGUAAACUGUCACCCAUCAAGGUACUAUCUUUGAAGAUACUAACUAUUCAUGUAUUUAAUGUGAGAAGCAUGCCCUAUAUAAAUGAAUAUAAAUAAAUAUAAAUAUAUAUAUAUAAAUAAUAUAUAUACAUAAAGAAUAUAUUAUCAUGUGAUUAUUUGUAUAAAAUAUUAACUUUUCUGUUUAUAAGAAAUUGUUUUAAUAUCUGAAGCAUAAUGUAUAUUCUAUUUUUAAGUUUCUAAUUUAGCAUGCAGUAAACUGCUGAAUAUUUUCAUUGUGUUAAAUUAUUGAAUUGUUUUUAGUUUAGGAGAUCAUUUGAGUUGUUUUACUGAUUUAGUAAAAGGACUAAAUGCGAGCACUUUUGCUGUCUGUCAGCUAGGAC